ACAUCACUGUAAUUGUUGUUGACAGGGAACAAAUUACUUUCGACAAUGGCUGCCAGGAAUGCUGCUAGAUAUAUAGCUCGGAGGUUCUCUAGCGGUGGAAAAGUUCUGGGUGAGGAAGAAAAAGCUGCUGAAAAUGUCUACAUCAAGAAAGUUGAGAAGGAGAAUUGGAGAAGCUAUCUUCAUGUAUAUGAGAAAUUGGCAACAGCUUCAACUGAGGUGCCAGUAGCGGAAGCUGCUAAACCGAGCCAAUCAUCAUCAUCGUCUGGUGUGUCCCAAGAUAAGGACAGGAACUAUGCAAUUCUUGCUGGUUUCGUUACUAUUGCGGGUGCUCUUGGAUGGUAUGCUUUAUCCAAGAAAGACAAGGACAAGCCAGAAGUGCAGGACUAGCCGACUUCACAUUCAAUAAGGUAGUUGUAAUAAUUUGCUUGCCGACAUUUUAAGGGUUUGGACAAGAAGAAAUAAAAGAGAAAAAGGAAACUUUCCCCUUUUUUUUUCCGCAAUUGCAUAUGAAUAUGAUGUUUAUUUUGGAUAACCUUGUUUUUGAAACUGUUUGUCUUGUAUUAUGAUAUGCUCUUUUUACUUUUC